UGGUACAGUUUGUUAUGCGGCAGUUACACCUACGAUGUAGCUGAGUUGUGAAAUACCACGGGUUUGUUUAGUGAAAUUUAUUUCAGUUCGUGAGCAGUCAUUAAUGCUCUCCACACAACGUAUUCGUCGUAGCUGUAACUCCAAGAAAUUCCGUCGUUUCUCAAGCAGAUUUUCAUCCACAGCCGCUCCUUUUGCUAGCAUAAAUGCUAAUAUUAGCUAGCUAACUGGCCCCUGAUUUAUAACGGCAAACGCUAACGUUAGAUUCAGCAACUAAGCAACACUCUUUGUGGGCAAUAGUCAGAAUGGCUUUAUCGGAGGCAGAGAAUGGGUGUUCCGUCGACGACGGAGGAGAGUCUGACGCUUCGGUAAAAUCUUGUGUGUUGGGGGGCUUCAGUGACACCGAAGAGACCAGAGGGCUCAUCUCCAGCCUGCUGGAGGUCCACGGGAACACGUCGACAACCGAGUCCACUACAGAGAGGUUCUUGGUGAUAAUGAACAGAUAUCAAGAACAGCCCCAUCUGCUGGACCCACACUUAGAAUGGAUGUUGAACAUGAUACUGGAGUUUGUGAGGAUUGAGGAGUCUCCUCCUUCAUUGGUUCAUUUGGCCUUCAAGUUUCUCUACAUCAUCUGCAAGGUCAGAGGUUAUAAAAUCUUCAUGCAGCUUUUCCCCCAUGAGGUGGCAGAUGUCCAGCCUGUUCUGGAUCUGCUGUCUGGGCAGGAUCCUAAAGACUCUGAGACUUGGGAAACUCGCUACAUGCUGCUGUUGUGGCUGUCCAUGACCUGCCUCAUACCCUUUGACCUUUAUCGUCUGGAUGGUCAUUUGGAGUCAGAAGGCGGCAAGGCCAGAGAGCCCACCAUGGACCGCAUUCUAGCCAUCGCAAAGUCUUAUCUACUCGUCAGUGAUAGCCCCAGGGAUGCUGCAUCUGUACUAGUGUCAAAGUUCAUGACGCGCCCUGAUGUCAAACAGAAGUGCCUCGGAGACUUUUUGGACUGGAGCCUCGCCACUGUAUCCCAGACCAAUGACCAGUCGAUGACAGACAUUAUGGUGCUGGAUGGUGCUCUGCAGUCUCUGGCGAAGCUUUUCAAACAUGGAAAACGAGAUGACCUCCUACAGUAUGCUCCUACAAUUCUGCAGUGUCUGGAGCAGAAACAUCUGUCAGAGAGCAGCCAGGCCAUGCUGAGGAAGCUCUGUGUCAAACUAAUCCAGAGGCUUGCCCUCACCUUCCUGAAGCCACGUUUGGCCGCUUGGAGGUACCAAAGAGGCAGCCGUUCUCUAGCAGCAAACCUCUCCAUGUCCCAGUCCACUACAGUCGCUGUGACUCCUGAGGUGGAGAUGCAAGAACAGGAGGAGGACUAUGACAUUCCUGAGGAGGUGGAGACUGUUAUCGAGCAUCUGUUGGUGGGACUGAAAGACAAAGAAACAAUUGUGCGCUGGUCUGCAGCAAAGGGCAUUGGGAGGGUGACUUGGAGGCUUCCCAAGGAGCUGGCAGAUGAGGUGGUUGGAUCAGUGCUGGAUUGCUUCAGCUUCCAGGAAACAGACAAUGCUUGGCAUGGAGGCUGCCUGGCACUGGCAGAGCUUGGUAGGAGAGGCCUGCUGCUGCCUUCCAGAUUGACAGAUGUCGUGCCGCUCAUCAUCAAAUCCCUGACCUAUGAGGAGAAGAGGGGAGCGUGCAGCGUUGGCUCCAAUGUGCGUGACGCUGCCUGCUAUGUGUGCUGGUCUUUCGCCAGAGCUUAUGAACCCAAAGAGCUCAAGCCUUUUGUCCCUCAGAUUGCCAGUGCUUUGCUGAUCACAACUGUGUUUGACAGAAAUGUCAACUGCCGCCGAGCAGCAUCUGCUGCCUUCCAGGAAAAUGUCGGCAGACAGGGGACAUUUCCUCAUGGUAUUGACAUCUUAACUGCAGCAGACUACUAUACUGUUGGAAAUCUCAAGAACUGCUAUCUGAACAUUAGUGUCUAUAUAGCCGGUUUCCCGGAGUACACCAAGGCUCUGAUAGAUCAUUUGAUAGCCAUGAAGAUCAACCACUGGGAUGUGGUGAUCCGAGAGCUCUCCACUAAAGCACUCCACAACCUGACCCCUCAAGCACCUGAUUAUAUGGCAACAACAGUUCUGCCACAGCUGUUGCCCAUGGCAGUGGGCAGUGACCUCCACGGUCGCCAUGGAGCCAUCCUGGCUUGUGCAGAGAUCACACACGCUCUGUACAAACUGGGCCUUCAGACAAACAGGACUGUAGUGGACAUGAUUUCCUCAGAAUGUGUGGAUGCAUUAAAAAACAUUCACCAGAAGCUACAUGACAGAAAACAGUACAGGGGUUUUGGUGGAGAGCUAAUGAGGCCAGCAAUGGGCAGUCUUAUAGAAAAACUGUCCUUGUCCAAAAUGCCUUUUAAGAACGACCCUGUCAUCACUGGCUGGCAGUGGCUUAUUGACGACACCAUAAAAACUCUUCAAUUCGUUUCAAGCACUGUGAAGGAUAGCAUUAUGGUUGCAGUGGUGUCAGCCUUGUCCGCCUUGUGUGAGGAGUACUACCAGGCCGAGCCGGGCACGGCUGACUCACAGAUGCAGGACGUCCUGGUGUCUCAGUACAUCGAAGGGCUGAAGAGUCCGCAGAUGCUCACUCGCUGUGGAUCUGCCCUCGCCCUCGGCUGUCUGCCAAGAUUUAUGAUCCAUGGCAAACUGAGGCAGAUCCUAGAAGGCCUCCAGCAGAUGUGCACCGUCACACAGAAGGAGGGGAGUUUUACAGAGGCGAGGAGAGAUGCAGUCAGAGCAGUUGCUCAAGUGUGUGUGAAGGCAGGCGUUUGUGCCCACGGCUCCCCGGACUCCUCCCUGUGCUCGGAGAACGUAGCGGAGGUGUACGGCACCCUGCUCGACAGCAUUAGCGACUACACAACAGACAGCCGGGGGGACGUGGGGGCCUGGGUGAGAGUGGCAGCAAUGACUAGUCUGAUGGAGGUCACUAUGCUGGUGGCCAGCAGCGCUGCAGAGAUCCUUUCGCCAGACCUGGUGAAGCCUAUGAUGUGCUGCCUGGCCCAGCAGGCAGCAGAGAAGAUUGACCGCUACAGAGCCUGCGCCGGCAAUAUCUUCAUGCAGCUCCUCCACAGCACGGAGCCUGCAGUGCCUCACAUCCCCCACAGGGAGGAGCUGUUGACCAUUUUUCCUAUUGAGACCACAACCAGUCUGAACUGGAAUGCCCCAUCUCAAGCUUUCCAGUAUAUCACCCAGCUGCUGGGACUGCCUCAGUAUCAUUGCCACACCCUGCUGGGCCUCACUGUGUCUGUGGGAGGAACCACCCAGUCCACAGUGCAAUUUUCCUCCCAGUCGUUGUUUGACUAUCUGAGAGGAAUCCAGGACGAUAGUGCUGCUCUGACACAGUUUGGAGAUACAUUGCUGAUCAUCUUCAGAGACAAUUUCCGCAAUGACAGGGUGUCCAUUCCUUUUCUUAAGAUGCUCAAUCAGAUCCUUGCUAACAGCUGCUUUGAAAUCCUCACCACAGAAGAGAAUCAUCAGUUCUGUGUGGAACUUCUGACUCUUUGUAAAGAGUUCAAGAAGUCCAAAGAUAUUUCCAAGCUGCACGCCUGUAUAGAUGUCCUCUGUGGGCUGAUCCAGUUCCGGGGUGAGGUGAGGAAGAAAGUUUUGUCCCAGCUGCUCAUGCUACUUUGCCAUUCAUUCCCUGUGGUCAGGAAGACCACGGCCAGCCAGAUGUACGAGAUGCUGCUGACCUAUGAUGAUGUCAUAGAUCCAGAAGUGUUGGAUGACGUCGUGACCGUGCUGAGUGAUACUAACUGGGAGAGCGACCUCGCCACAGUACGAACCCACAGGAAUCAGCUUUGUGAUUUGCUGGGAGUCCCCAGGCCGCAGGUGCUUGCCAAGAGCUCUGUCCAGGUUUCCUGAUGCACUGCGGCUGCAAAAACCAGCUGCACACAAUAUACGUGCACAUCAUCAUUCUGUAAGAAUUAAGAAUAGACUGCGAGUGCUACUCUUCUGAUGCUGCCCUCAUCUUUCUUUCCAUCUUUCUUUCGACAGUUCUACACAACAAUAAAUGGACGAAAACAUCA